AUUAUAUUAUAAUAUCUGUUCCAAAAAUUGGAUGACAGAUAGGAGACGCCAUAGAUGGAUACAAAUUUACCAAUAACUUGUUUGAAUUUUGUUAUAUUUUACCUUAAAAGCAGAAAUACCGAAAUCCCGCUCAAAACUAAAGUACAUUGAUAAACGUGCUACGUGACAGUAGAUGGAGCAGCUGACUGCGCUGAGUCAGUCAGCUUGACGUUUCGAUCGAAGGCGAGUAACGAUCGAGAAACAGAAAGAGAAAUAAAGGAAAGGAGAGAAGGAAGAAGAGAUAAUCGUAUCUUACCUUUACCCUAUUUUAUUCGCCAAAAUGAACAGACUUUUUGGUCGACCUAAAACGAAAGAACCACCGCCGAGUCUCACCGACUGUAUUGCCGGGGUUGACAGCAGGGCGGAUACUGCGGAGAAAAAGAUAGCAAAAUUGGACGCGGAAUUGAAGAAAUACAAAGAUCAAAUGGUUAAAAUGAGAGAAGGACCCGCGAAGAAUGCGGUUAAGGUUAAGGCAUUACGCAUCUUGAAGCAGCGUAAGAUGUAUGAAACACAGGUGGACAACUUGCGUCAACAGGCCUUUAACAUGGAACAGGCAAAUUAUGCUACUCAAACACUAAAAGAUACUCAGGCAACUGUAGUUGCCAUGAAAGAAGGAGUUAAACAAAUGCAGAAAGAGUUUAAACAUAUCAAUAUAGAUCAGAUCGAGGAUCUCCAAGAUGACAUGUCCGAUAUGUUGGAACAAGCGGAUGAAGUUCAAGAAGCGUUAGGUCGCAGUUACGGCAUGCCGGAUAUAGACGAGGAUGAACUAGCCGCCGAAUUGGAAAGUCUCGUAGAAGAUUUAGCCAUCGACGAAGAUACCAGUUUCUUAGACGAUGCGAUCAAGGCACCAAGCGCUCCUGACAAAGAACCUGGCACCAGCUCAGUCAGAAAUAAGGAUGGCGUAUUGGUGGACGAAUUUGGUUUGCCACAGAUACCAGCUAGUUAAAAUGUUGUUUCGUAAAAACAUCGAUCGAUAUAAGUAAAUGUUAUGUAUAUGGGUAUAUCCAAAGAUGAUUGGUUCUUGAACGACUUUCGACUUUCAGAAGCUUUUGCUACGUACAUAUGUAGUACACAGACAACAUACUAAGUAUUCCGAAUUUCUCUAAAUCUAUGGAUAUGAACUCGCGCAAAUUGUAAAUUUUCGAUGAACGAAACAUAAUUUCAUUGUUACUAAUAGAUAUGCUGUGUUAAUAUAUUUUUAUUGCUUUC